UUUCCAAGAUGAGAUAAUUUUCCCAAAAUCAAAAAAGAAAGAAAGAAAAUUCUGUGUUCAUUAAUUCAAAGCCUCUCAAUCUCUCAGUCGCUGUCUUUCCUUUAACUCAUUAACUUUUGUUUGCCAUUAGAGAGGAGGGAGAGAGAGUGAGUAGUGAGGCAGAACAUGGCUAGCUGCAGCAUGGCAUCUGCUGCUUCAGGUUUCUUGUUAACUCCUAAUGUUGCAGCCAAUACCAAUUCAGGUUCUAGGAGCAGCAACUUGGUAUUCUUCCCUUCAAAGAACAAUAAUCCAAGGCUUGUUGUGAGGGCAGCUGAGGAGGAUGCAACACCAGCACCACCUGCCACCGCCGCAGCAACACCUACUACCACCACAAAACCAGCUGAAGGUGAAGCUCCAAAACCUAAGCCACCACCGAUUGGACCCAAGAGAGGAACCAAGGUGAAGAUUCUGAGGAGGGAAUCUUACUGGUACAAUGGCAUAGGAUCUGUUGUAGCUGUUGAUCAGGAUCCCAAAACUCGCUACCCAGUUGUGGUUCGAUUCGACAAAGUUAAUUAUGCUAAUGUAUCAACAAACAACUAUGCAUUGGAUGAAAUUGAAGAAGUUAAAUGAGCGUUAUGUGUUCUUACUGUAAUUUUGAUUUUUCAUAUUACUCCAUUGUCUAGCUUAAGCUUUGUCUAUGUCAUGAAUCUGUAUCAUAUACUCACUAGCGAUUCUGUGUUUUUUCCUUUGUUAUGUUGCAUUUCCUGCUGCUGCUGCCAACUCAAAUAGAGAACUGCUUAAUUAGGGACCUAAUUGAACAAGGUUUACCGUUUUUUUUUA